AUGUCUGGAACGAUUCCAGCCAGCGAGUCCAAGGGACAGGGGGUUCGCCGGGGAGCACAAGAAAAGGUGAAGGUGGUGAGAGUAUAUUAUAUAGGCCGGAGACCAAACAUAGUGAUCCCUGACCCUGAAAUGCUCAGGAAGAUCAUGGUGAAAGACUUCAGCAGCUUUACCAACAGGAUGGUGUGUCCUGGGAGCAGAUGGCAGGUCAUGGAGAAGGUUGUGGGAUUAUGUCCUGUUCAGUGGCGCCCAAUGCCCCUUUCUCCAACACUCAAUUCAGCACAGAGCAAGCACAGAAUGGUCCCUCUGAUCAACAAAGCCACAGAAACUCUAUUGACCAACCGGAAGACCCAUGCUGACUCAGGGCUGAGCUUUGAUAUACACAGGAGCUUUGGCUGCUUCACUAUGGAUGUGAUCGCCAGCGUGGGCUUUGGCACCCAGGUGGACUCCCAGAAGAACCCUAAGGACCCCUUCGUUUACCAUGCCCAAAAGUUCUUCUCCUUCACCUUUCCCAUCACCAUGUUCUUCAUCGUUUUCCCAUUCCUCAUCGCUCCUCUAGCACAGCUCUUGCCUAACAAGUCGAGGUACGAGAUGAACAGUUUCUUCAUCGGGUGCAUCAAAGUGAUGAUCAAGCAGAGAGACAAGCUGCCUGCCUCUCAGCGUCGUUGUGAAUUUCUCCAGCUGAUGCUAGAAGUAAGAAGUGAACGGGAGUAUGUAUUGCUGGAUCAGUUCGACCUGGUAAGCCAUGCUGAUGACAGCACCCAGGCCGCAGACCGGGGGAAGGCAGCAGAUGAGGCUCCACGGCGAAUGCAGAGGAGGGUGAUGACGGAGGAUGAGAUUGUGGGCCAGGUCUUCAUCUUCCUGCUGGCUGGAUAUGAGACCAGCAGCAGCACGCUGGCCUUUGUCUGCUACUUACUGGCCAUCCACCCCGAGUGCCAGCAGAGAGUACAGGAGGAGGUGGACGGUUUUUUCUCCAUGACAGAGGUGCCAGACUAUCACAAUGUCCAGGAGCUAAAGUACCUGGAAAUGGUCAUAUCGGAGAGUGAAUGGAGCAGGGGUGCUGCACUGGAUAUCCCCGUUGGUUUUCUGCAUCACCACCCCGAGUCCUGGCCCGACCCAGAGGACCUUAUCCCGGAGAGGUUUUCUGCUGAGGCCAGGGCCAUUCGACACCCCUUUGUAUACCUGCCAUUUGGCGCCGGGCCAAGGAACUGCGUGGGGGCACGUCUGGCCAUGCUGGAGAUCCGUCUGGCUGUAGUGCACAUCUUCAGGAAAUUCACCUUACUGGCCUGCAAGUAGACUAAGCUUCUGCAAUUGCGCUCCCAUUCCACAAUUUUACCACCGGUGUUGGGCCCCUCAGGGAUGAAGGAGAUUGUUGUUGACUUCAGGAGAGCGCACACUCAGCAUGCCCCUCUGACCAUCAAUGGUGUGUCUGUGGAGAGAGUGCGCAGUACCAAGUUCCUGGAGGUACACAUCACUGAGAAUCUCUCCUGGACAAACAACACCACUGCAAUGGCCAAGAAAUCACAGCAGCGUCUCUACUUCCUUCGCAAACUAAGAAGAGCAAGAGCACCAGCCCCCAUCAUGUUCACCUUCUACAGAGGCACCAUUGAGAACAUCCUGACGAGCUGCAUAACUGUGUGGUUUGACCAUCUACAGUACCCGUCUCACCAAGAAAGCUCUCUGCAUAGCAGCUGA